ACAGUAAGCUGAGAUCUUUCAGUCCGACUCCCGUGUUUUGACCACAACAUAAACUUAAACAUAGUGUUCAGAUUUGAGAAAUUUUAGAAAAUUCAUUCAGAAAAUUGAGAAAUUUUAAAUUAAAUUGAUGUUCCGAAAUGGCUGCCGCCAACAUGGAGAAGGGUGAGCUGAUGAGCCAGGUGAAGCAGCAGAUCGCUCUGGCCAACGCCCAGGAGAUGCUCUCGAAGAUGACCGAGAAGUGUUUCAAGAAGUGCAUCCAGAAGCCGGGCAAGGCGCUGGACACCACCGAGCAGAGGUGCAUUUCGCAGUGCAUGGAUCGCUUCAUGGACGCCUGGAAUCUGGUGUCCCGCACCUACGGCAACCGUCUACAAAGGGAGCAGUACAGGUCAAUGGACCCCGUGGAGAUGGGCAACUAGGAGUCGACUUCCGCUCACCGUGCAAUUAAAACCGAAUUUAUUUUGUUCCUGAUGAA